AUGUCUACAAGAAACAGAUCCAAGGAGUUCAAGAAAGGCAUUAAGGCAUUCAUAAAACACGUUGAAUCCCUGGAGAGUUCAGAUGAUGGCUUCAUUGAUGAAUAUGUGAUGAUACAGGAGGCCCAGAUGGAAAAUCAUAGAGACAGUUUUAGUUCAAUGGAUGUUGGAAAACUGGAACCAAAUUUGAAGAAAAAUCGUUACAAAGACAUUGUACCAUAUGAUGAAUAUAGAAUUGUUCUUGGGCAUAGUGAAGGGGAUGAAUGCUCAGAUUACAUCAAUGCAAGCAAAAUUAAGGGAGUCAACGGUACUGUAGAUUACAUCGCUUCUCAGGGGCCAUUGUCAGGGACAGUGAACGACUUCUGGAGAAUGAUAUGGGAGUAUGAUGUUGAGAUUGUCUUCAUGGCUUGUAAACUGGUGGAGAUGAAAAAGAUCAAGUGCAGCCAGUACUGGGCGGAUGUGGGCAGCUCCAUAGAAUUUGGAAACAUCACAGUGCUAACUGUGUCCGAACAAGAAAUUUUCGCUGAAUGUAUACAGCGAACCUUUCGUGUAACAGAUGGAAACACGGUGCAUAAUGUGACACAGUUACACUACUGUGGAUGGCCCGACCACGGUAUCCCAAAAAACCCGGAUGAUAUCCGCAAUAUAAUCGGCAUAAUGAGAAGCAGUAAACAGAAUGUCAAGGCUCCUGUUUUAGUUCACUGCAGUGCUGGUUGUGGGCGAACUGGGACCAUUAUUGCUAUUGACUAUGUGUGGACACUCCUAGAAAAUGGGAAAUUUGAUGAGUCUUUCAGUCUUUUUGAUUUGAUUUGUAACUUGAGGAAACAGAGAGUAUCACUUGUACAGACCCCAGGCCAGUAUGCUCUGGUGAACAAAGUCCUGAAAUCACUUUGUGAAGAGAUGCUGGCAAAAAUUGCUUCCCAUACUUAUGAAAAUGUGCAGUUCAGUCAGGAACAGUCAAAUGAUGAAAGCAUCCAGCAAA